GCCACGCCGCCCACCGUCGGGUCGGAGCGAGGUGCAAGGGCGGGCGUAUGUGUGUGUGCUUUACAAAACUCAUAAGCUUAAACGUGUAUAGCUAUGUAGGAUUCUUGCCUUCAUCACGAAUUUUGUACAAGUACUUCUUGGGGUGAGCCGCCUGUUCCUAAUACAAGUAGAAAAAUAUGAUUGGCCCGCCCCCUUGUGUGACGUCACUUGUAGCCGCGCGGCCAUUGGCUCUCGCCGCGGAGGGGGAGGAGCGAAGCGCGCGCUGAUUGGCUAGGAUGCGUGGAUGGUGGAGUUUGGUCAAUCGAUAACACAUCCCGAGUCGGAGCCAAAUUAAAGGUAAAUAAUAGACGGCUUUCACAGUGAACGGACGUGUAUAGAGCGAGCUCUGUUGUGCCAUUCAUGUGAUCCGGGUUACUCUAGCCACAAUACAGUGAAUAGUGUAGAGUGGUGACAACAAGUGGUGCUGUAGGCGCUAACUAUCCCAGAAGCCGUGUGCUACUCUCAGAUACUCGUGUUGGCGUAGAGCCACGUGUAAAUGCAGUGCUAAACUUCCCUGUCUGCGACGAAGGACACCACCAUUGCCGGCGUGAAGGCGUACAGUGCCCUGGCAUCGGGCGCUGAGCAACCUACGGCGGUGGAGGGAACUCGGAGCGUGUGGGAGCGCAGGUGGGGGAGCAGACACGAGCCCAUAUCCUGCAAGGAGCCCCGGGAAGCCGCAACACUGGAGUACUACAGCAGCGCGGCCCUCAAGCCCUCCACCAUGCUGACCCUCGACCCUCCCGACCUCAAGGGCGGGAGCUUACACUCCGCACACCUCCCUCCCCACUCCUCCCACUCCCAUUCCGUGCCCCACACUGUGUCCCACGCCCACCACAACUCCCACUCCCACACAUACUCCCUGUCCCACCAUUCCUCGUUGACGUCGCUCAAUUCGUCCCUCAGUUCGUCCCUGACGAGCCCCUCCCUGGCCUCCGUGGGCAGCAUGAGCGCCCACUCGCCGCCCCAGACACACGUCCCGACCCCCACCAACAACAACAACAGCAGCACAAACAACAACAACAACGGCUCCUCCACCAACAGCUCUAGCAACAGCACUAGCAACAGCAAGAGCAGCGCGUCGUCCUCGAGCGCCGCCGCCGAGCGCGUCAAGCGGCCCAUGAACGCCUUCAUGGUGUGGUCCAGAGGCCAGAGACGCAAGAUGGCGCAGGAGAACCCCAAGAUGCACAACUCGGAGAUCUCGAAGCGCCUCGGGGCCGAGUGGAAGCUGCUGUCAGAGACGGAGAAGCGGCCCUUCAUCGACGAGGCCAAGAGACUUCGCGCCGUCCACAUGAAGGAACACCCAGACUACAAGUACAGACCUCGGCGGAAGACCAAGACCUUGAUGAAAAAGGACAAGUACCCCUUAGCCUCGGGUCUCCUCCCCACUGACCCCACGCGACCCCCAGUGCAGCAGGUGACCCGGGAUAUGUACAACAUGACCAACGGGUACAUGCCGAACGGGGAUUAUGGCGACUAUGGUGAGUGGCGCUACGGGUACGACAGCGCCGCAUACGGGGGUCAAGGCUACCCGUACAUGACAGGUCAGGUGUACGGCGGGUAUGACAUGACCCGCGGCUACUCUCCGACCUCGACCUCGACCCCGUCUUACAUGAACGGGUCGUACAGUUCUGCUAUGUACGCCUCAGCACCGUCUCCCUAUUCCAUGAGUCAAAUGGCUUCGAUGGCAUCCGUAGGUUCCGUCGGUUCCGUGGGUUCUUCGGCGUCCCACUCCCCCACGCCCAUAAAGUCUGAGACGCCCACCCUCCCAGUCUCGUCUCCUGGAGCCUCCAUGCCACCCUCAGCUAGCCACACCACACCAGGUGAUUAUCCAACGAGCGUGAUGAAGCGGGAGUACGCGCCAGGCCAGCCGGGCCAGCAGGACCUCUCGCAGAUGAUCUCCAUGUACCUGCCGGGGUCCCAGGAGCGCCAUGAGCAGCAGAAGGCCGCCGCCGCCGCCGCCUACAUGUCCCACGCACACUACCACGCCCACGCCGCGACUUCCCCCGAGCAGAUGCCGCCCGCACCCAUGCCUCUCACCCACAUGUAACACGCGCGCGCCAGGACUUAAGUGUUUGUGAGGCCGCGCGCCCACGCGAGCGGCAGAGGGCGAGGGCGGACAGCGAGGCGGGGGAGCCGCCGCCGCCGCCAGGGAGCGCCACCCGCGGAAGCCACCCACCUCCACCCACCACUGCCCAGGAUUCCCCUCGGCGCGGGCGUGACGACUGCCGGGUGGGUGCCCGGGCGCGCCCCCCAGUCCCCGUCGGGCGGCGGGUCCAGCGGCCGCCCGCCGCGCCCCGCCCCCCCGGGCCGGCGCCAGCGUGUCACGUCGUACCAGUGAGGCUCGGUCCCUCCGCGGUAGCAGGAACUCUUUUGAAAUGUGAUAAUCGCAUAAAUGUAAUGUUAUGAUGAAUAAAAUAUUAAUAAUAUUAAUGGUGAGAAUAAUUAAAAAAGUGUGUAUGUAAUACUACGUUCUUAAUGCCAUAAUUUAUACGGACGUGUGUGUGUGUGUGUGUAUAUGCGUGUAAUGUCUGAGAGGUUCAGGCACAGUGUUAGCUAGAGGCGGCCAUGUGUACACGUGUGUGUGUAUGUGUGCACGCCCGGGGCGGCCGCUCUUGUACAUAUGGAAGUUUUGCGCCCCUGUACAUACCUCCCUCCCCCCUCACCCUCCUCCCCCUCCCGCGCCGGACUUCGCCGCCCGCGCCGCCGCCCACUUCCACCGGCCGCCCGCGCGUCGCCCGGCAGCCCGCUCUCUCGCCCGAAGACCCUUGCGCCGCCCGCGUGCGGAGCAAACCCGGGCUGCCCGUGGGCUCCGCGGGCGUGGGUGCGUGGGCGGACAGGAAGCGUGGGCGCGGAAGAGCGAACAUCCCACCUGCGGCGCCUCUCGCUGGCGGCGCGACGCCCGCCGGCUGGAGGAGGCGCCGCCGAGCCCAGGCGGGCGCAGAGGGCGCCUCGAGAGCCGCCCGGAGGAGGCCAGGAACGCUGCCCUUUCGCCCAUCAGCCGCGCUGGAUGGAGCCACAAGACGCCGGCCUGUUCCUCGAAGGCGGUUGUGACCCCGCCCGCCGCCCACGCCCCGCGGGCGGCCUCGACGGCAGCGGCGCGGCGCGGCGCGGCGGGGAG